CUCUGCACCGUUUUAAAAACACAGCAAUCUCGUUCUCCAAUUCGCUUCAGCAUUCAUAUCCCUAAAUGGCCUUCUCUUCUCUCAACCUCUCCACUCUCUUCCUUUUCUAUUUCUUCUUGUUCUCACCCUUUGUUUCUUCAUCAACACGUUCUUCUUCUUCUCUAAACCCUAAUCAGAUCUCUGCAACCGCUUUCUGCAGAAACACACCAUACCCAGAAGCAUGCUUGGACUCCGUAAAACUGUCAAUCUCCAUCAACAUAAGCCCCGACAUUCUGAGUUUCCUUCUCGGAACCCUGAAAACAGCGUUGUCCGAAGCCGAGAAACUCACCGGCCUAUUCGCCGGCGCCGGGAACUCCGGCAACCUCGUCGAGGGUCAAAAGGGUUCGAUCCAGGACUGUCAGGAUCUUCAUCAGAUCACUUAUUCCUCGCUGAAGCGCUCGAUAUCACGAGUCCAAGGCGCGUCAGACUCGCGGAAACUCGCAGACGCUAGGGCUUAUCUUAGUGCGGCUCUCACCAACAAGAACACUUGCUUGGAAGGUCUGGAAUCCGCUUCUGGUCCGUUGAAGCCGAAGCUUUUGAGUUCGAUCGCUUCGACUUACAAACAUGUCAGCAACUCUCUGUCUGUUUUGCCGAAACCAAGCAAGCGAAAGAACCCUAAAAACAGAGGAAAGAACCGGCGUUUGCUGGGUUUUCCUGAGUGGGUUUCUCAGAAAAACCGCCGGCUUCUCGAAGAUUCCGGCGAAGACUACGGCGGCGGCGACGACGGUGAGUAUGAUCCGAGUCAGAUUCUGACAGUUGCUGCUGAUGGUAGUGGAAAUUUCACUACAAUAAGCGACGCCAUAAGCUUUGCUCCAGAUAUGAGCAACGAUAGAGUCCUGAUAUACGUGAAGGAAGGUGAAUAUAAUGAGAAUGUUGAGAUUCCGAUGCAGAAGACGAACAUUAUCUUGAUAGGAGAUGGAUCCGACGUCACGUUUAUCACCGGAAACCGGAGCGUCGGCGAUGGAUGGACGACUUUCCGAUCCGCCGUUCUUGCGGUUUCGGGUGAGGGAUUCUUGGCCAGGGACAUAACGAUGUCCAACACCGCGGGGCCGGAGAAGCACCAAGCCGUGGCAUUAAGGGUAAACGCUGAUUUAGCGGCGUUCUACCGUUGCGCCAUAGACGGAUUCCAAGACACUCUCUACAUCCACUCGUUCCGUCAGUUCUACCGAGAGUGCGAUAUAUUCGGGACAAUAGACUAUAUAUUCGGCAACGCAGCCGUCGUCUUCCAAGGAUGCAACAUCGUAUCGAAAAUGCCUAUGCCACAUCAAUUCACCGUUGUGACAGCACAAUCUAGGCAAACUCCGGACGAAGACACCGGGAUCUCAAUGCAAAACUGCUCGAUCCUCGCCACCGAGGAACUAUCCAACAACUCGGGUACCGUCAGGAGUUACUUGGGUCGACCGUGGAAGGAAUAUUCGAGGACUGUUCUAAUGGAAACCUACAUCGACGGGUUUGUUAACGAAAAGGGUUGGACAAAAUGGUCAGGGGACGAAGGAUUGGACACACUUUAUUACGGGGAGUACGACAAUUACGGACCUGGUUCGGACACGGACAAGAGGGUUGAUUGGAUGGGAUAUCAUGUCAUGAAUUAUGACGAUGCUUAUAACUUCACGGUGUCGGAAUUUAUUACCGGCGACGGUUGGUUAGACAGUACUUCUUUCCCUUAUGAUGAUGGUAUUUAACACAAACUAUACGCACAUAUGAUGUUCUAAAAAAUAUGUCAUUUUCUUGGUGAGUUUGGAUAUAUAUCUUGUCUGGAGAUCUUCGCAAACAUGAAUCGAAGACGAUGAAGACGAAACCACUAUGAACCGAAGACGAUUUUGCAAGAAGAAAUCACAGAAAUUGCCAAAGAAAUCACAGAGAAAAUGAAAGAAAGGGCCGGAAUUUGAAAGAAAUUACAGAAGGCGAAGAAGAAAGUGAAGUUUUUUGGGUUUAAAAAAUUGUGAUUUUAUACCUGUUCUUCCCCUCUGCGCGUUUUUUUUGUACUAUAUAUUUAAGAUUUUGACACGUGUCUACAAAAUUUUAGGGGUAACAAUAU